GUCAAUGAACUUACAGCGAACACAUUUUACAAAAGGGCUGAUAAAUACUCUCAUUGAGCACUAUGUGUAAAUGGCUCAUGGCAGGCUAGUUAACAAUGGGAAAAAGGACUUGUUGCAGUGAUGAAACCAGUGUUGCAGCCACAGGUUUUUGUUGUUUAAAAGGGAUGCUAUCGUGGACACCUUCGCUCACAGAAGCAAAGACAAUCAUGCUUAACUUCUGCUUUUGGUCGCCCAACACACUCAUUAAGCUCCGCGCCUGGUAUCAUGGUAAUGAAAUUUUUCCAGUGCCGAUUUGGCUGGCAAAACGUAUCUUGGUUCGAAGCAGCUCAAUGGCAAACUGGCUGUCUCAACUUGCCAUUGCCUGUAUCGCGCUGAUCAUAGCGCGAUACCUGGUUGAUUUCUUUCUCUCAUUAAAAUAUAAUUUUGAAUACGGCCAUCUUGGCUUUCUUUCAAUAAGCGGAAUCAAGUACCACCUUCGAGCAAAACUACCACAAAAUGCCAGUGCAAGGACGGUAACUUUCAACAUUGGUAAAAUCAAGCUACGACUACGACAUCGAUUCUUUCAAUCUCGUGAUGAUACCGAGCAACAACUUGCUUUUUUCACAUUACAUAUACAGGAUGUCACCAUCGUAGUGCACGACUUGGCCCUGCUGCGUAAGCAGGCUCAAAUUCAAAAGGAACUCCGAGAGCAGCAGAAGCGUCGGGGAGGGAGUCUGGCUUCGGUCGGCGAAUCGCUCACUCGAAUACCUUGGUGGUACUCGUUAUCCAUUGUCAAAUGGGUUAUCCGGAUCACUUCCGCCGUCCCAGCGCAGAUGAUCAUAUCCGGGUUAACUCAAUAUGCGGAUGUGCGAUUCGGGGUUGUGAAAGUGGUUGUCAAAAAUGUAGCGUCUUAUCGAUUGGAAAACGCUACCCUUUCGUCCAUGCUGUUUGCAGAUGUCGAACGAAAAGCGACACCUACUCCUAUGGAUAUGCGGGACCAGCUUAAUGAUGCAUCUAUCUUGAUGCAAGAAUUCUUGCUCAACGCCAAGCAUCAACAACAUUCAUUUAAGAAGGCAAAUCAUUUGUGGAAGGAUAAGUUUUUUCAGAUCAACGCAACUCUUGGGCCAAUGGAGGUCAUACCUCAUUCAGAUAAUGUGGAGACAAAUAUUGUAACGGCCGUUUCCUUACCAGCCCGCUCUUAUUUUGCCUUAUCCUGCCAUCUGUCAGCUGCCUGUACAACACUCAAAAGUGUCUCUGUAGACGUCAGAGUUGGGUCCAUGGACAUCGAUGCUGAUCAGUUAUUAUCUUUAUAUCAAUCCUCAGUAACAGAGAGUCCAGCUGUGUUGAAUGAACCAACGUCGGGUCAACAGAGUAAACGGAAUAGCGCAUUGGGUGGUUUGCAUCGGUCUGGAGCAAUUUAUACGCAUAAUCGAACAGCCUCUGCCGAACCCGCCAUUCAGCCGGAUCAGAAGCGAAGUUCGUUGUUAUUGUUCAAGGAAUUGACCAUGUCCAUGGCCAACAUCGAAGUUAUAAAGCGCAUAACGUCAGAUUCAGAUGAAGAAAUUCAUGAGAAGCUCAACCUCUCUCUCCAGGCAAUGUCCCUUUCAUGCGUUAGAGAUCUAUGUCAUCAAGAUCUUGAUAUUCGAGAGUUCCCUCAUUCCGCGAACUUCUCAACAAAAUCUAUGCAGGUCGCUAUCCUUUCCAUGACGCCUGCUCCUGAAAUACAAUCCUCUGUUAUCCUUGCGCUUUCGGGAAUAGAUACUUCGCUCAAAGCGACCGAGCCUGUUCUCAUUAGCAAAAAGCAGGCCCUGACGGCUCAGAUUGUUGACACUUUUGCCGGCGACCUUGACCCAGCAAUGGAGGAUCCAAAUAUGCAGUUCGUGACAGGUUCAGUGAAUGUAAUCUCGCCGAGUUUAACCUUGGAUAUGGUCAAAUUGUCCUCUUAUCAAAACAUCGUCGGUAUGUUGACACAGCCGAAGCAACCUCGCAAGGCAUCUACUACCCCCCCUACAACUUGGCAUAUCCAAAGGGUGCCGAGAUUCAUGUUGUCGGUCUCCAUCGGUAACCCAACCUUCUACGUCUACCAUUUCUCAAAGUUGGAGAGUUUCGACGAACCUGCCAUGCCACACUAUACAGGGUUUGAUCUGCGCGACGUUCUCGUCACGUUUAGAGGCAACUAUAUACAAUCAUCGGAAGGCCCAGCAUCACCUCCAUUAUUAUCUCCUCUUGGGUCACCUACUCAUACGCCCGACAAUUUCUUGCAUUCAACCAGUCCUCCGCUCUCACCCACCUUCGAAAAAACAACACCGGCAAGUCGAUGGCAGAAGCUGUUGCGAAAAAGCUGGAGAUCAUACUCUAAAUCUCCAUCAUCCCAUACGUCAGCUAGACAUUGGAUGUUUGAUGUUUUUGCCAGUGUUCGACUGUUAGAAUGUAGUUCGGCAUUUCCUUUCGAAACCACAACAAAGUCAGAACAACCUCCCACGCUGGAUAAUACCCUACUGUACAUUGACGAAAUCAAUAUCAGCGCGCGAGCAUCCUUGACAGCGUCUAUAAUCACACAGAGAAAACGUCAAUCACCGCAUAUGCAACUGAUCAUCGACCAACCCAUCAUAGAAUUAUGUUUAUCCAUUGAUAAACCUAGCAUCAACCUGUGGUCAGAAUAUGCCAACAGGAAGCAACUGGUUAUUUUGCAGCAAGCCAUGACCAGCACGAUGGGGAUAACCAAGGGUGGUUUCCGACAACCUAAACCGGCUACAUCUGAGAAGACCGAUAGCGCAUAUCAACCUUAUUUACGAAACGUCAAUAUGACUUUAGCCAUACAUAAUUUAUGUGCUGGCGUGGUUGGCUUGGAUGAAGGCAUUCGAGGAAAGCGCAAGGUGCCUGAAGGCUAUGUCGACAAUGCACCGGAAAAAGAUACCUGCCUUGGCCUUGCACUUUAUAUUGAGUCGCUCUCUAUUAAUUACAAGACGAGUAAAGCGAAUGUCGAUCGGUCCCUGGCUGAAAGCAUCUUGGAGCUACCGAGUAAUCAGACUCUGUUAGGCGCGGUCGACGUUUUCUUGACUGGAAGUGGACUAUCGCCAUGUGUGGGUCUCAGCAACGGUCAAAUGUUUUAUCUGUCCGGUCUUGGUGGUGAACGAGAAUGCUUUGUUCAUUUAUUACAAGUUGAUUCUCGGUCUAUCCUUCGCAUGAAGUCGGAUGAAACUGGAUUGACCUUGAUCUCCAAAUCUUCUGUCUCGUUUGGUCGCGUACUUGUUUAUUAUACUCUGCAAAACCACUAUGCUACGCUGCUUGCUAUUCUGGCACUGAAAAAUAUCGCCCCCAAGGCAAAGGAAGAAAUAGCAUCGUCUCCAAAGAGGUUCAAGGUGGACGUUGAGAAAUGCUCGGUUGCUUUACAUCAUGUCGACGUACGCUGCUUAUUUCCCGGCAACUUGGACUUGUUUCUACGAACCAAAGAAUUGCAUUUCAAUUUACCCAUGUCUUCAUCCCGUCAAGAACUGCAAGUGCGCUCGAUUAAGUUAUUUGGUAUUGCACCUAGUAACACUUCCUCUUGGGAUGAACUUAUUGGCAUCGAUGAUCUCAAGAUCAUUCGUGAAACUCGAAGCAAAGCCAUGAAUCGUUCACAGAAUCGUACGGUUAUUAUUUCAUCAUCCGGAGUACAUAUCAUCAUUCCAUUUGGAUACGUUGUUGCCAACAUUAUCGACAAUGCCAUCAGCGCUUCCAAGUCGUUGAGGUUGCUUAAUGGGCGUUUGUUUUCUGAUAAAUAUUUUGACUGGAAUGGCCCAAUGCCCAAGAACAACCCUGUUGAAAUGCCCACCAUCCAGCUUCGAUUUGAAAUAUUUACCUUCACCCUUGAAGACAAUCCAUUUGAAGCUGAUCUUCGUCUUAUCUAUAAGACUGGAACCAUUCAGCAAAAGACGAGAUUGGCAAACGAAGAUGCAUUUAUGGCAAAAGCCCAGUCCAUGGAAUCUCAACGGCAACAGCAGAAGCAAGACGAUGAAAACGGCCGUAGAGCGUUGGACGGUGAACAGGUUCGAGAUGGCUUUUUGAAAGGAUCAGAGACCCCACUGACUUUUAGAAGCACACCAAGGCCAGACCAUGACGAAGCCUCAUUUCGACGGGGAUCUUCAUCCUCCAACAUAUCUGUCAAUGUUGCCUGGAGUCGGUUGCAGGAACACAAUGCCAAGGUCUGGGUCAGGAGCAUUCACGCGGCGCAAAAGGAAGAACAGCAGGGUCUGGAAGCACUUUGUGACAGUCGGCGUCAGCAUCGUCACAAAAUUGUUUAUGAUUUCGGCCAGAGAACGCUAGAAUUUACUUCAAAGUACCUUGCUGAUCUGUUCGAUAUCUCCAUGGUUCCAGCACCUCGACAUACAUCUCUUCUGUUUGGCGCUAUGCGUAACUUAGACCUUACUGUAUCUAUACCAACGUUUCCUCUGGAUCAAACUCGUUUGUUCAUUCAGAAUAUCGGUAAUGGUGUUCCUCUCGACACGCAGUUCUCCAUGCUCGCACCUUUCCAUUUGAACUGGUUUGCUGAUGAAACAUGGAUCCAACUCAGAGAUUACCCGCUUCCCCUCCUGUACGUACCACCGAGUACGAAGAAAGAUGUUAAUACCUGGCCACAAGCUUGGUCUUUGUCUGGUGACUAUGUUUUUGGAGAUGAACUCGGAUCAAAACUGGCAACAAGACUCGUUGAUGUCGUAUUGGUUGAUCUUCAGAAUGGUACAAACUAUAAUAUGAAGAUUCCUCGUACCUCAUCUCCACCCAAGUUCUACUCCAUCGUUGAAAUUCGUUGCUUGGUUAGUAAUCCUACUCGCAUGGCUUGGUCUCAGUCUGUACAACCAUCUAUUCAAGAUGUCUCUCGUGUAUUCGAGUAUUUUACUCGUCCUCCGGUUGAUCCGUCUGCAAAAUUGGGGUUCUGGGAUAAAAUCCGUCACAUCAUCCAUACAAAGACCCGCAUUCGCUUCAAUGGAGACCUAGCUGUGUGCUUGAAAGGAACACGAGACCCAUACAAUCUUAUUGGAAAAGGUGCUGGAUUUGUCAAAGUAUGGAGCAAGGAAGUGCAAUGGCUCUUGGGUUACGAUAAUCCUCAAGGCGAAUUUAUGCAGGUAUUGAGUCAAGACUACAUGCUGGCUGUUCCUGAUCUUGUCAAUGGUACAUAUGUUGUGAAGCAUAUCUUGCCAAUAUCCGCGGAUACCAUCAAAAGUCGUCAUCGGUCGGAAACAGCCAGUGUAGCGAUGGCUUCCCCACCACCGGCACAAAGCGAAGCACGCAAAUUCAAAACUCCUGACUCACCCACCGUCUUAAGUACCUCGUCUCCUGACAUUCGAUCUCCUUGGCCUACUGAGAAUAUGCGACGCACGAACAGCACCCCGGUUCCGGCUAAAAAUUACUUUGAACGAAAGCAUCUGCAGAAGAUAGGUCUCAAGUUAUCAGGUGGUGUUAGAUGGGGUCUUGGUUGUAAAUAUGAACGACGUUGUGAAUCAAACUGUCCAAAGUGCGAAGGAAAAGGCGAAUGUCGAUCGUUGGAUUUCAUACCGCAUUAUCGAAUCAAAUUCUGUACUCCUGCCAAUGUUGCCAAACAGCCAGAGGGCGCUGAGAACUAUGAUGCGUUUACCGGAUUCCGUUCACACUUUAUACACUUUUCAGUCAGCCUUGUCCAGAAUACCAAUAUCAAUCGAUCCACUGAUGCUGUCAAUGCGUUGCAUCUCAGCCCAGGGUUUGUGGACCACUUUUUGCAAUGGUUCCGGUUAUUUGGAGGCGGUAUGGGUCUACCUAUUCGCACUGGGUCUCUCUUUCCCAGGGCAGACACUCGGGCGACUAAGAAAUUUGGAAAGCAUUUGAGCACCGUCAAAUACAAGAUUGUCACCGACAACCUUUUCAUAGGCUGGUUUGAGAAAGACGAACAAUCCUUGUACAGCAUUAAUGGUACUGGUCAGACCGUUGGUAUGAAGGCGUCUGUAAGCAGUUUCAAAUUCGAUUUGCACCAGAGACGAAUCACUACCAAGGUGGAAAGCCGAGAAUUUGGACGAGAGCGUAUCAAACCCCACUGGCUACUACACGAAGCCCAACUUCAACUAUCUGACCUAGAUCUCAGAGUAGUGCAAGCCACGUACCCUGAUAUUGACCCGAACGAUGACCUUGACUUCGGCAGGAGUUCAGGGUUACCCUCUUUUGUUGUUGAUGAGACAUCAACUGUCAACUCGGAAUCCAGCCAAACGUUUGAAAGUAGUAACUCUGAUUUUGAGGACUCUUUUAAUUUCUCGGACAGUAUGCCACAAGACUGGGUGGAUCUUGAUGAUUAUGUGGAACUUGAUCUUCGUACGCCUGACUUCCGGCCAGCUAUCAGUGUCUUCCCCAUGAUGUUUUCUCCAAACAUUGGCUACUUUAAGCAAACCAAUCGAGAUGACGCUGAACGCUUCCACUAUUUACAUGGAACACAUGAUUGCAUACUUGGCUCUGCUAGGGACACACGUGCUAUUCAAGUCAACUUGCUGAGACAGCGCAUGCAGGCCAUUGAUGAACAAAUACACUCUCAUCAAGAGAGGUUGGACGACGUUGAGAGAAGACUUCAAAAGCUGCCUUUCGAAACUGAGCUGUUGAAUGAGUCGCAAAACAUCGUGGAGAAGACAACAGUUCUCUUUGAGAAAAAGAGUCUCUUACAACGUUACCUUAAAUCUGUACUCACUCAAAAUAUGCCUGACCUACCACGAACGCAAUCCAAUGCUGCGGCAACCAAGCAUUCUCUACUUGAAAAUGAUCCUACAGAUAAAUGGGAAACGCUCAUGGGUUACUUUAAGCAACGGUGUAUCGUUCAUAAUCCGCAAAUCAUUUGGAAUAACUCUGUGCGAAAUUUAGUCUAUCGGCUAUUGGAUGUUCAUGGCCAGAAUCGAGCGCAUUCCUAUUAUAUGUCGAUGCGAGCUGUCAAGUUUUUGCGCGACUUGACCAACGAUAUCGAAUCGAAGAUCAAGUUACAAGCAAAAUCGCCUAUGGGCUCACAAUUGGAUCAAGUCUUGGACAUGGAAAUGGCGAAUGAUAUUAUCGAAAAAUUGUUGGCUGACCAGAAACCCAACUCGUCCGUCCCGCCGACUGUAUCCGAUGAUACAGCCACCCCUGGUAGCAGGCAGGACGAUGAUGAUUCGGAAGCCAACAUCAAUGAUCCUGAUUAUCAGUUCAGAGGUGUGCCAAGUGGUUACGAGAUGAGGAGCAGCUAUAUUGUUGAGUUACUCAACCCGCAGAUCAGCUUACAAUCGGAUCGAAACCCUGAUUCUGUUGUGCUGGUGUCGACUGAGCGCACUCAAAUCAAAGGUUUCCAUCUUUAUGAUUGCAGUGGAGAUGACCAAGACACGGCCAUUGUCAAAAGUCGAACGAUCUUCAGUGUGGAUAACAUACAAUUUUUCGUGGCCAAAAAGGAACAUUUUGAUACAGUGGAUCUUCUGUUUGACAACCAUUAUGGCGCUCGUGGAAACGAGCACUGGUUAACCUGGAUACCACUGGAGAUGCUCAUUAAUUACACCAAACGGUCUGACAAGUUCCAAAGAGUAGCCGAAAGAGCUGCUGCGACCAUGCAGUAUGACACGUUCAACCCGUUGCGCUUGAAGACCAGCCAAGAUGAUUUUAAUCGCUUCCAUCCACUGCAAGAACGAUGCGACUCCAUGACAGUCAGCUUUCCUAGUCUGAAAUUGACAGCAAAUUCAAAACAAUACAAUGCCAUUGUAGAUGUGGUCAUGGAUCUUGUUUUGUACAGUGAGCCAGCUCGUAAAGAACGACUUGAACGCCUGAAAGAAAUCAUCCUGACAGCAGAUAUGGCCAAUCUCUCCAAUACAACGGAAACCAUUGUCUAUCUACAAAACAACGUUCGCCAACUUGCUACAACGCAAGAGCAGUAUCGCCUCAACCUUCCGGAUUUGCGAGAACAGCAACUACAGGAUUACAGAAUGAUUCAGGGAAGAUUGCAGCACUUCAAGGAAGAGUUGUAUCUGGUGAUGGAGGCUAUCAAAAAAAAUCCAAGCGGCAAACAGGAUAGCAUGGAAGCCGCUCAAACCAAGCUGAAAGUCAGCUUCUCCUCACAAACGAUCAUUUGGGAGAUGAUCAUUGAAUCAGAGCGUACACUUUGCGAAUGGACCUUAAGCAAUGCUCACUACGUCUGGCUCAACAAGGAAGACCACUCUAGCUCUAAUACCUUGGAGUUGGAUAUGAUUCAAUGCAUCAAUCGUCUGCCUAACCCCACUUUUGCCGAGAUCAUUUCGCCUUACCUUGAAAAUCGAAAGCAAGUGGAUUUCUCAAAACAAAAGAUGCUGCGAGGUUACCUCAUGGAUCUUCCUCCCGUUGGAGGCAUUCCUGUCGUUCAGCACUUGGAGAUCAACCUCUUCCCACUCAAAUUCCAGAUGACGCAUGAGUUUGGAAAACUGUUGGCUACUUAUGUGUUCCCUGUUGAAAAGCGGAAAGGAGCAACAGCUGCCAUUCCGAUAUCCUCCAGUUCUUCUGCUCCAAAUGUGACCAGUAGUGUGGUUUCGAGUCGUACGUCUGAAGCUAACAGUUUAAUGGCGACGUCUUCUUUUGGCGAUCUUCGUAGUGCUGGCAAAGACACUACAUCCUUAUCAACGAGUAGCGAUGUUGUAUCGUCUGACACCCACCUUGAUACGUUUAGAUCGGAAACACUACGGCCGAAGCGCUCUGAAGAUUAUCUACGAAGCAACUUUUCUUCUACUACCCAAACAAGCAAACGUUCUCAUGGCAAAAAGCAUUCGAAAAAUGUCUCGUCCAAUAGCGUUCCUAACGCCGACGAUCUGUCCGUUAUGAAAGAGAGAGCGUCUAACAAUAGAACCUUUAUCUACAUCAAGGUGCCGGGAGCUAAGCAUUGUCUCAGUUAUCAGGGACCCAAGGAGAAGAAUAUUGAAGACUUGUAUGAGUUUGUGUUUUCUCAGCCAACUCUUGAGUAUCGCAAUCGAACGUGGAGUUGGUAUGAGUUGAUGAAUGCCGUCAAAAAGGAUUUCCUUCGGGCUGCCCUCAAGCACAGCGGUCAAUUGAUUAGAGAUAAGCUCAAAAUACGUCGGCACCCUCGAGCUCCACGCACUACAGCAUCCUCAACUUCGCUUAUCAACGAACCAAUCUAUCAAAGGGCCAUUGCUGCUGCCAAUGCCACUGAACAGCAAAAACCAAGCACAAGCAGCUCUAUUAGCAUUGCUUCCGUGUCUUCUGACGGUUAUGAUAACCAGGAUGAUAUGAGUGUUAACGACAUGGAUUUAAUCAACGCAACUUCGGAUACUGCUGAUCAAGAAGGAUCGACGCGCCGAAAGAAACAAACGUUGUUCUCUACAUGGUCUCGCAGUAAAAAAGCAGACGAUAACCCACCGUCCCCUGUACUACCAAGUCCUCAGACCCAACCUAGCGAGACGCAAACCAUGAUCGCGGCAACAGAGAUUUAUCGAAAGGGCAAGUUAUUGUUUGGCAAAUCAUACAGUGGGCCGUUUAGAACUACUUCUCCUUCAAUCCAUAGCCGCAGUACCACUAAUUCAGAUUAGCCUGUACACAGAAACUCUUUGUAAAUUUGAUACCUUGUACAUACCUUUUCAUUUCUUUUAAAUUUUAAUUUUGACGUCCCAUACAAUCGCACAAAAGAUAUGAAUGGAAAUGUGCCUGAGGCAGGGGGCAUUGUACAAACUAAUGCAACAGCAUAU